GGUCUGCAUUGAACCAGAAAAAGAAAUAAUAGUGUUCUCUCUCCCUAAACCCAAUGAUCCCCAUUAAAACAGAGAAGCUCGAGCUUCUAUAACAGAGCUCAUCCUCUUCUCUACGCCAUUUCCAUCUCCUCCCAUUGGAAUUAACGAGGCAGUUGAGUAGCCAUUACAAGAAGAGAUCUGCUGGUGGUGGUGAAGAAGAAGAUUAUUACAGCCUGAGGAAACAAAUGGGAUUACAAGGGCUUGGUUUGGGGAUUUACAAUAAAAAUGUUGAUAUGAUGAUGAGGAAGAGGGUUAUGGUGAUUGUUGAUGAAUCGUCUGUAUCUAAACAUGCAAUGAUUUGGGCACUCACCCAUGUAACUGAUAAGGGUGAUCUUCUCACCCUUCUUCACAUUGUUCCUCCUCCUCCUCAUCAUCAUUCCUCUACUUCUAGUUGCCUCGCAAACUCUCUUGCCUCACUCUGUAAAGCUUGUAGACCUGAGGUUGAAAUAGAAGUGAUAGUGGUGGAAGGACCGAAGUUUGGAACAGUAAUGAACCAAGUGAAGAAGCUGGAGGUAUCUGUGUUGGUUCUUGGUCAAAAGAAGCAAUCUUCAUCACUCAUGAACUGUUUGGUCGGGCAGAGGAGCAAAAGUGAAGAAUUUGUGGAGAAAUGCAUAAAUGGAAUGGAGUGUUUGACGAUUGGAGUUAGAAAACAGAGUACAAGUGUUGGUGGCUAUCUAAUUAGCACCCGAUGGCAUAAGAAUUUCUGGCUAUUGGCUUAGUUUUCCUUCUUUUAUUUUGGUUUAGUUUUUAAUUGGGUGUUAGUUAUAUCAAAUAUUUAGUACUAGAUUUGAUUGUAAUGGGUAAUGGGUUAUGGGUUGCUUGGAAUUUCAUAACAUUGUAAUUGGAUUUUCCCUUAAAUUGGUAGAUUUAUUUGAAUGCAA